CAUAAUCCUUACAAAAUACCAACAUUAUGCACUGGCAAAUGCCGCAUGCAAAUAUGCUUGAUUCUGUUUCAGAAAAAUGCGCCUCAAAAUUCAAAUUCCUGUUUUCAAUUCAAUCCACACACGUUUUACCCGAACUUCACCUAUCAAGCUUGUACAUGCCAACUGCAACAACUUCAAACAUUCAUUUCGGUCGUACCCAAACAUCGAACAGGCUUUCGCAUGCCAAUUGGCGUCGAUCUUGCAAGCUUGUUCUGGCCCUUCUGUGCUUCGUCAUGGUAAGCAAGUUCAUGCCCAGAUCAUUGUCAGUGGAAUUGGCAACCACGGCCUUCUGGGUGGCAGGGUUUUGGGUAUGUACAUUCUUUGUGGGAGCUUUAUGGAUGCGAAGAAUAUGUUCUAUAGGCUUGAACUCAGGUCCUCUUCUUUGCCAUGGAACUGGAUGAUUAGAGGGUUUACAGUACUGGGUCGGUUUGAUUUUGCCUUGUUAUUUUACUUUAAGAUGUUGGGUUAUGGAACUUCUCCUGAUAAAUAUACUUUUCCCUAUGUGAUUAAGGCUUGUAUUGGUUUGAAUAAUGUAAAUUUGGGUAAGUUGGUUCACGGAACAAUUCAGUUGAUGGGCUUUGAGUUGGACGUGUUUGUGGGUAGUUCUUUGAUCAAAAUGUAUGCGGAGAAUGAUUGUAUUAAUGAUGCGCGCUGUUUGUUUGAUAGAAUUCCACAUAAAGAUGGUGUUCUAUGUAAUGUCAUGCUUAAUGGUUAUGUAAAAACUGGAGAUACUAGUAGUGCUCUAAAAAUGUUUUUGGAAAUGAGAAAUAGUGAAAUUAGGCCCAAUUCCGUGACUUUUGCUUGUAUAAUAUCAGUUUGUGCCUCGGAAGCAAUGAUUGGUUUCGGUACCCAGCUUCAUGGACUUGUCGUCAGGUGUGGGUUAGAGCUGGAAUCUUCCGUGGCAAACACAUUGUUAGCUAUGUAUUCAAAAUGCCAGUAUUUGUUUGAUGCAUGUAAGUUGUUUGAUAUGAUACCGCAAACUGAUUUGGUGACAUGGAAUGGAAUGAUUUCUGGAUUUGUACAAAAUGGGUUUAUGCGUGAGGCUUCAAAUUUGUUUCGUGAGAUGAUAUCUGUUAGUGUCAAACCAGACUCGAUCACCUUUGCAAGCUUCCUUCCAUCAGUUACUGAAAUUGCAGGUCUCAAACAAGGUAAGGAAAUUCAUGGUUACAUGGUAAGACACGGUGUGCCUUUGGAUCUAUUUGUGAAGAGUGCACUUAUAGAUAUUUACUUUAAGUGCAGGGAUGUGGGGAUGGCACGCAAGGUUUUUGGCCAAAGCAACACAGUUGAUGUCAUCGUGUGCACAGCUAUGAUUUCAGGUUUUGUGCUUAAUGGAAUUAAUAGUGAUGCUUUGGAAAUUUUCAGAUGGUUACUAAAAGAAAAGAUGAGACCAAAUUCUGUUACCCUGGCAAGUGUUCUGCCUGCUUGUGCUGCUUUGGCUGCUCUGAAAUUGGGGAAGGAAUUGCAUUGUAACAUCCUCAAGAAUGGGCUUGAUGGAAGGUGUCAUGUGGGAAGUGCAAUUACAGAUAUGUAUGCAAAAUGUGGACGAUUGGAUCUUGCUCAUCAUAUCUUUGACAGAAUGUCCCAAAGGGAUACUGUUUGUUGGAAUGUAAUGAUCACAAGUUGUUCCCAGAAUAGCGAGCCAGAAGAAGCAAUUCAACUUUUUCGUCAAAUGGGGAUUGAAGGAACCAAGUUCGAUUGUGUGAGCAUAUCAGCUGCUCUAUCUGCAUGUGCAAACUUACCAUCACUCCAAUAUGGAAAAGAGAUCCAUGGUUUCAUGGUUAAAGGGACAUUCAGCUCUGAUCUUUUUUCCGAGAGUGCACUGAUAGACAUGUAUGCUAAAUGUGGAAACUUGGAUUCUGCAUGCCUUGUGUUUAACAUGAUGGGAGAGAAGAAUGAAGUCUCAUGGAAUAGCAUAAUUUCUGCUUAUGGGAACCAUGGUUGCCUUAAGGACUGUCUCCGUUUGUUCAACAGAAUGUUGGAAAAUGGGAUUUUGCCUGAUCAUGUCACCUUUCUUGCUAUAAUAUCUGCUUGUGGUCAUGCAGGCCAAAUUGAUAAUGGAGCUCGCUAUUUCUAUUCCAUGACGAAGGAAUAUGGGCUCCCAGCACGGAUGGAGCAUUAUGCAUGCAUGGUGGACUUGUUUGGGCGUGCUGGUCGGCUGAAUGAAGCAUUUGAAAUUAUAAAAAGUAUUCCAUUCAUUCCGGAUGCUGGUGUUUGGGGGACAUUGCUUGGUGCCUGUCGGGUCCAUGGUAAUGUUGAGCUUGCUGAAAUAGCUUCUAGACAUCUUUUUGACUUAGACCCUCAAAAUUCUGGUUACUAUAUAUUGCUUUCAAAUCUACAUGCUCAUACUGGAGACUGGGGGAAUGUGCUUAAGAUACGUAGUUUAAUGAAAGAAAGACAAGUCCAGAAGGUUCCUGGGUACAGCUGGAUUGACAUCAACAGCACCACUCACAUUUUUGUUGCUGCAGAUGGAAGUCACCCACAGUCUGCUGAGAUAUAUUCAAUACUGAAGAGUCUUCUGCUAGAGCUAAGAAAAGAGGGUUAUGUACCUCAACUUUACCUUCCAAUGCACCCGCAAACAAUGAGCAUGUGAAUACCUGGAAAAAGGUUGAUCAUUUUUA